AUGGCUCUUCCCGCAUUUCGUUUCACUAUUUUACAGCUCACAGUCUUAACAAUCUUGUCAAACCCUAGCUCAGUUUUUGGUUUAGUUUCAGUAUCAGGCGGUUCGGAUUUUGAUUCGGAUUUGGACUCGGAGUUUUUGUUGUUUCACCAGGAUUAUACCCCUCCGGCGCCGCCUCCUCCACCGCCCCAUCCGCCGUCGGUUUCGUGCGAGCUUGAUCUUGGCGGCAUCGGUUCCUUGGACACCACCUGCGAGAUAGCCUCCAAUUUGAAUUUGUCAAAGAAUGUGUACAUAGCAGGGAACGGUAAUUUUGUUGUUUUGCCCAAUAUCAGUAUAUAUUGCUCGUUUUCAGGUUGUUACAUUGCAAUUAAUGUCACUGGAAACUUCACUUUGGGUGAGAACUCAGCAAUAUUCAGUGGCACCUUUGAAUUAGCUGCGGAUAAUGCAAGUUUUGGGAAUGGUUCUUCCGUGAAUACUACGGGGCUGGCUGGUUCGCCACCAUCCCAGACUACUGGGACACCGCAAGGGUUUGAUGGAGCAGGUGGAGGAUACGGAGGCAGAGGUGCGACAUGCUUUAGAGAUAAAAGAAAGCCUCUCGAGGACUUCUGGGGAGGGGAUCCAUACGAGUGGUCAAAUUUGGAGAAGCCGUGGAGUUAUGGGAGUAGAGGUGGGACCACGAGUCCGGAAAUUGAUUAUGGAGGCGGUGGAGGUGGGAGGGUGAUGCUAGUGAUUUCAAGUCUUUUGGAGGUGAAUGGAACCAUUUUGGCUGAUGGAGGAGAUGGAGAUACCAAAGGCGGAGGAGGUUCUGGUGGCAGCAUCUACAUCAAGGCGCAUAAGAUGAUUGGAAUUGGUAGAAUAAGUGCUUGUGGUGGUGGCGGUUUUGCAGGAGGAGGUGGUGGCAGAGUUGCUGUUGAUAUUUAUAGCAGGCAUGAUGAACCGGUAAUAGCUGCACAUGGAGGGAGUAGUCUUGGCUGCCCAGAGAAUGCAGGUGCUGCCGGUACAGUUUAUGACAAUGUUCCUCGCAGCCUUAUUGUCAGCAAUCACAACAAAUCAACAUAUACAGACACACUUCUUAUGGAAUUUCCUCAGCUAUUUUUGACAAAUAUCUAUAUUCAGAAUAAGGCAAAGGCUGCUGCUCCCUUACUAUGGAGUCGUGUCCAGGUUCAAGGACAAAUCAGCCUAUUGUGUGGUGGAGUGUUGAGCUUUGGUCUAGCACAGUAUUCGACAUCGGAAUUUGAAUUAUUGGCAGAAGAGCUGUUAAUGAGUGAUUCUAUAAUCAGAGUUUUCGGGGCUCUUCGCAUGUCUGUUAAAAUGUUUUUGAUGUGGAAUUCAAAGAUGCAAAUAUAUGGAGGUGGAGAUGGAGCUGUCGAGACAUCAUUACUAGAGGCUAGCAAUCUUUUAGUACUGAAGGAGUCAUCCUUUAUUCAUUCAAAUGCAAAUCUGGGGGUUCAUGGGCAAGGCUUAUUAAAUUUAUCAGGACCAGGAGACUUCAUUGAAGCACAACGUCUUGUUUUGUCGUUGUUUUAUAGCAUAAAUAUUGGACCUGGUUCUGCUCUGCGUGGUCCUUCACAAAGUGCUUUGGAUGAUGCUGUGUCACUAAAGCUGAACUGUGAUUUACAAAAUUGUCCCUUUGAACUCCUCCAUCCACCUGAAGAUUGCAAUGUGAACUCUUCUCUGUCCUUCACCUUACAGAUCUGUCGAGUUGAGGAUAUCCUUGUACAAGGUUCCAUUGAAGGAUCUGUUGUUCAUUUCCACAGAGCAAGAACCAUCACUGUCCAGUCUUCUGGAAUAAUUAGCACAUCUGGAAUGGGCUGCAUUGGAGGUACAGGUCAAGGAAAAAUUUUAAGUAGUGGUCUCGGCAGUGGUGCUGGGCAUGGCGGUAUGGGUGGAAUGGGGUGUUACAAUGGCAGCUGCGUUGAGGGUGGCAUAUCAUAUGGAGAUGCUGAUUUGCCUUGUGAACUGGGUAGUGGGAGCGGAACUGAUAGUUUGGCUGGUUCAACUGCCGGUGGUGGUAUUUUAGUGAUGGGUUCACUGGAGCAGCCCUUGAUGAGUUUAUCAGUUGAAGGUUCAGUUAGAGCUGAUGGAGACAGUUUUAACGAAAGUCUCCAAAAGAAGAAUGUGGUUAUGGAUGGUGGGAAUAUUGGACCUGGGGGUGGAUCUGGUGGAACUGUCCUGUUGUUUUUGCGUACUCUGACUCUCAGUGAAUCUGGCAUUUUAUCAAGUGUCGGGGGUCAUGGAAGUCCGAGUGGUGGAGGAGGAGGUGGAGGUGGAAGGAUUCAUUUCCACUGGUCAGACAUUCCCACUGGAGACAUAUAUCAGCAGAUAGCUAGUGUAAAUGGAACCAUUCAUACAGGGGGUGGAUUGGGUGGCAUUCAGGGAUACACUGGAGAAAAUGGAACAGUCAGUGGGAAAACUUGUCCCAAGGGGCUUUAUGGAAUAUUUUGCGAGGAAUGUCCAACUGGCACUUAUAAAAAUGUUACAGGAUCAGAUAGCUCCCUCUGUUUUCCAUGCCCAAGCUCUGAACUUCCCAGUCGUGCUGUUUAUAUUUAUGUUCGAGGUGGUAUUACGGAAACUCCUUGUCCGUACAAAUGCGCAUCUGAGAGAUAUCACAUGCCAAAUUGCUAUACAGCUCUUGAAGAGUUGAUAUACACGUUUGGAGGACCUUGGUUGUUUGGUCUUCUGCUUUUGGGUCUCCUCAUCUUGCUAGCUUUGGUCCUUAGUGUUGCAAGGAUGAAGUUUAUUGGGGUUGAUGAGUUACCCGGCCCUGCUCCUACACAACAGGGUUCCCAAAUAGAUCACUCGUUUCCUUUCCUGGAGUCGCUUAAUGAGGUAAUGGAAACUAACAGGGUCGAGGAGUCUCAGAGUCACAUGCACAGAAUGUAUUUUAUGGGACCAAACACAUUUAGUAAACCUUGGCUUCUUCCUCAUACACCUCCUGAACAAAUAAAAGAAAUUGUAUAUGAGGAUGCAUUUAAUAUGUUUGUGGAUGAGAUCAAUGCUAUUGCUGCAUAUCAUUGGUGGGAAGGAUCAGUGCAUAGUAUUCUUUGUAUUCUUGCAUAUCCUCUUGCAUGGUCCUGGCAACAAUGGAGAAGGAAAGUGAAGUUACAACGGCUUCGAGAAUUCGUGAGAUCGGAAUAUGAUCAUGCUUGCUUGCGUUCUUGCCGUUCACGUGCUCUGUAUGAAGGACUGAAGGUGGCGGCAACACCUGAUUUAAUGCUAGCAUAUAUAGACUUUUUUCUUGGUGGUGAUGAAAAGAGAAGCGAUCUUCCUCCUCCUCUAUAUCAAAGAUUUCCACUGUCUCUAUUGUUCGGAGGUGAUGGAAGUUACAUGACUCCUUUCUCACUCCACAAUGACAAAAUCAUCACCAACCUCAUGAGUCAGUCUAUGCCACCUACCACAUGGUUUCGCUUUGUGGCUGGUUUGAAUGCACAAUUACGCUUGGUACAUCGUGGUUGCCUUAGGGCAAAGUUCCGCCCUGUCCUUAAAUGGCUUGAGACUUUUGCAAAUCCCACUUUAAGGAUUUAUGGUGUGGGGGUGGAUCUUGCCUGGUUUCAAGCUACAAAUGGUGGUUAUUUUCAUUAUGGACUUUUGGUAUAUGCUGUCGAAGAAGAAAUGGACUCUGCAUCUUUAGAACGUCUCUGUGGAGCUAAUGAACAGCAAUUGCGUACGGUUGAUAUUUUCACGAGAGAAGAGACAUAUCUGAGCCAAACUUGGAGAAGCACUGAUGGUAACCUAAGGCACCAGGCUUACGGCAGCAUUGUCGAUGUUAACAAUUUAAAGAUGCUUGCAGAGAAAAGAGAUAUAUUUUUUGCCCUCUCUUUUCUAAUUCACAACUCUAAACCUGUUGGCCACCAGGAUCUUGUUGGUUUGGUUGUAUCUAUUCUGCUUCUUGGAGAUUUUAGCUUAGUCUUGCUCACAUUGCUGCAGCUGUAUUCACUUUCCCUGACAUAUGUCUUGCUUGUUUUGUCCAUUUUACCUCUUGGAAUUUUACUUCCCUUCCCUGCUGGAAUCAAUGCUUUAUUUAGUCAUGGACCAAGGCGAUCAGCGGGUCUUGCACGUGUGUAUGCUUUGUGGAAUGUCACGUCCUUGAUAAAUAUUGGUGUUGCAUUCAUCUGUGGAUAUGUUCACUAUAGUUCACAGUCGAGCAAAAAAAAUCCUUACUUCCAGCCAUGGAACAUGGACGAAAGUGAAUGGUGGCUUUUUCCUUUGGCACUGCUUUUGUGUAAAUGUAUCCAAUUGCAGCUCAUAAAUUGGCAUGUAGCAAAUUUGGAGAUUCAAGAUCGUUCACUGUAUAGCAAGGACUUCGACUUGUUUUGGCUGUCCUGA